GGGAGAGAAAAACCAUCACCUGCGCCCUCGAAUUGUAUUGUCUCAGAGGUUUUUCGAAUUUUCGGCUGUGGCCUGAGAUUUCCCCUUGCGCCUACGAAUCAGACUAAUCAACCUCUCAGAGGAAAUAAAAAGGAACCUGAAGAUCGCAGUACUGGGUAACCCA